CUCUAGUAAACAAAAGUGACAAAUAAAUGACACAUAAAAAUUAAAUGUUUUAUUAUCAACAUUUUAUCUUAAAAGUAUUUGUUAACACAUUUAUUGUUUAACUUUUACAAAAGCAAAAAUUUAACGAUGUUAGCGUUAAUGAACAGGAUACUAGAUUGGUUUCGGAGUCUCUUCUGGAAGGAGGAAAUGGAGCUGACACUGGUCGGGCUUCAAUACUCUGGAAAGACAACUUUCGUUAAUGUGAUAGCGUCGGGCCAAUUUAGCGAAGAUAUGAUACCGACUGUAGGUUUUAAUAUGCGAAAAAUCACCAAGGGGAACGUCACAAUUAAAGUGUGGGAUAUCGGGGGGCAACCGAGAUUUAGGUCGAUGUGGGAACGUUACUGUAGAGGUGUCAAUGCGAUUGUAUACAUGGUAGAUGCUGCCGAUCCUGAGAAGAUCGAAGCGUCCAGAAAUGAAUUGCACAAUUUGCUCGAUAAACCGCAACUGGCGGGCAUACCGGUUUUAGUGUUGGGAAAUAAGCGCGAUCUCCCACACGCUUUGGAUGAGAACGGUCUGAUCGAACGAAUGAAUCUGUCGGCAAUUCAAGAUCGUGAAAUUUGCUGUUAUUCGAUCUCGUGCAAAGAAAAGGAUAACAUCGAUAUCACACUGCAAUGGCUUAUUGCACACUCGAAGUCUGGUAUGCAUUAGGUAAUAUUCUAAGUCUAGGAAGUGUAUUAAUAAGUAAAUGUUAACAUAAACCUUUAUAAGGCUGCAUGAUUAUUAUUUUGUGCUCGCUAUUAAUUUACUACAAUUGUGAUCAUAAGACAGCAGAGUUUCACGUUCUAUUUUGUACUUCAACUUUCCGAAAAAACCAGACAGAAUUUGUAUAAAGUCGACGAAGUUUUGCUUUUGAAUCUCGAACCGCGUACCGCUUUAGAUUAUGUGAUGAUAAUGAAAGUAUUAGUGAUAUUAAUUUGAAAUUCAGAAUAGGAAUAGAGAUUUAUUGUGUAUAUCCCUUAAUUAUUGAGAGAUCAAUGUAGACUUAGAUGAUUAUAUUAUGGGCUAUUUGUAAUUUUUUGUAUAUAAUUUAUAUCGUUGUAGUCACCGGUACGUGAGCUUGCUUAUUACAAAAUCGCAAGACACAAAGAAUUGCUCAUUUGGCCUCUUUUGUACUUUUAAAUUUUCUGUUCGUUUUUGGGCUAAAAGUAACCAAGUACUUUUAAUAAAGUAAAGAAUAUGAAUUUA